AUGCUUGAGCUGAUGGGUUUAGAUGAUGAGAAAGAAGACAUAACUGACCAAGGAGCCAGAGACCGUGACACCGAAAAGAAGCAAGCAAACAAGGACUAUGUAGAGAAAAGGUUCCAUACAAGAGCGCAAGGCGUGCGAGAGGGAGACUGGGUUCUGUUGGAGCAGAAGAGACAAAACAAGUCAUCGUCAUCGUGUGAGAAGGAGCCAUAUGAGCUGAUGGCUCGGUACGGAGAUCAAGUUGUUUUGAGGUCGUCAAACGGAGGGGAGUACAGGAAAAAUAUGCACCAUAGUAAAGCCUUUAAUAUUCCAGACCAUGAAAGGGCGGCGUCAAAGUCAGAGCUCUGAUCUGCGUCUGCAACAGCUGCGUCUGCAUCAGCUAUACAGGCUACGGCACCAACGCCGGGGACACCUAUUACAACAACAGCACCAACAGAGAUUCCAAGGAUGUCUUUACCACCAGCAGCAGUGGAAAUACCCCGUAA